AAUCAGCAUUCGAAUACGAGGAGCUCGAGAUGCUUCCUACGAUCAAAGGUACCGGCUACCUAGUCCUCAAUGGACUUCGGGCUCUCACCCUCAUCGGCCUCGCCAUGGCCAUGGCGUCCUCUUGGAUCAUGAUUGUACUCUCAUGUCUUGGUGGACGCUUCGACUUUUUCGACUCGGCUUCCCACUUCUUCGUCUUCGCCGUCGCCAUCUUUCUCUUCAUCUCCGAGUUGAACAUUAGGUCGUUCAGAGGAUUCUUUGCCAGGAGCUGGCCUGUCCUAUGUCCGACUCAUUCACUGGUAUGGCUCGGUCUAGCCAUGGUCGUCAUGGGCUGCGCCAUCAUGGGCGAUCUGGUCAAACCGGCCUACUCCAUGGACAACCUCGGACUCGCCAUGUGGCGCCUCGUACUCGCCUCGGGCAUCCUCUCCCUCACUUUCGGCGUCUUCAACGUCGUCGCGUCGCUCAUCUUCAACACUUCUGAAGGCGAGGGCAAGAUCAGAAGACGAAUCACGGCCAGAAUGAUCCGCAGCCACGGUGACCAAGCUAAGGGCAUCAUCGAGAAGCAGGACCCAUUCCCUGACUACUACAGUAGCCAGAGUGGCUACCCCGAGGAUCUGCCACCGGCGGUGAACGACCACUACUACCCCCCGGUGGUGCAGGAGCAAGAGCAGCCGGAGCUGGACAACACCUUCAAGGCGCGGGCGCACAGAUGGACCAGGGCGGCCUUUCCCAAAAACUUUCGCAAAUCCGGCAGGUUCCCCGUCAUUAGCGACCCCAUCCCCAGCGUUGGGGUGGUGGCGCCCACUCCUCAGAUGAACGCGGACAGCAAGCGAUCUGGUGAUCAUACUAAUGACCGUUCCAGCCCCGUCUCGCCAAACGUCCAGAGACCGCCAACUGUGCUACACCCUUACUACAAUGGCGGUAGGAGGAGCCCGAGUCUGUACAGUGAUGCGAACAUGUCCCGGUUCUAA